CAACGCCGUCCGAUGACAAACACAAGGUUGCUUUAGAUUCUAGCCACCAGCACUUUGGCCGAGGAUGAAAACCGCACUCAGACACUUCCCCUCGCCCUUUCGGUCCGUUCAACCGUGUCUGUGUCCAUUCAGGGCAAUCGAUGCCGCACAAGGCUCUUACAGAGUCCAUGAUGUCUCCCUUUGUGAUGCGAUCUCAAGCUCAAGUAGCAUGUACACUUCCCGUCAACGCGAGGACUGGGGGACGAGUCCAAAAGAUUGCGUCACGGAUUUGUACGUACUGCACCAUCCCCUCGGACUCGAUUCACGCACGCCAGGGAUAGGCUCCGGUCUCUACGACGAUGUGCUGAGGACGACUUGCGGCAGAAAUGAGAUUUUGAUGAGGUGCAGAGAAGAGGGUAGUUGUGCAGGAACAGGAUCAAGGCCAGCGUUCUAUCGCAGGGCUGUUUACAAAACCCAGUACCAAGUCUGAGCUAUGUUGUCGCUCUGGUUUCUUUUGGUCAGGCGCUAGAUCGACGAAGACACGUUCAACAUCUGACGCACUCGGCUCUCUACGGUGCAUUUACUCGCCUUGACCCACCUCCAACACUUAGACCGCUGGGAGACGUCGCGUACGUCCUGUUGGUUUGGGCUCAAUGCAGGCCUCAAGUUUACACAAGCGAGCCCACCGUUUUUCAAACGUUGUCGGUUUUCAUGGGUCUCGAAGACCUUGCCUUGAACCGUCAGAAGCCCAUACUUGUGCAACCCCUUUCUAUGCGUCAACAUCUUUCAAGUGACUUGGGAUCAAAGAAAACGGAGACGCGGUUCUGGUGGCCACGUUUUGGCUUUCAAGUGUCGCCAAUCGUUCACUUCAACAACAAAAUCCGACAUAUUCAACUUUUACAUGAUCUUGCAAACCUCUCGAACCGUCUAUUCAACCUCGAAACCUUCACUCUCCCUGUGAACACGAUGCCCUCUUCCUACCCUUCGAAAAUCAAAAAUGCUAUUUGCGUAACGAGACGUCGACUCGGGCCUGUCCUCCAAAGCAUCCAGGUCGUACUUCGGGGACGCCGUCCAACGUCUGCUGGAGGGGUACCUACUUCCCCAACAUCUCCCAAACCCCAAGUCCAAACGCUCCUCAACCUCCCAGUCCAGAUCAAGAUCAAACACAUCCUCACAAUCACCCUCCCUCGCAUCACCUCAUCACCCGCGUUCAGCGUCAGCGAGCCUGAGAUCGUUAGUCCAAGCACCGUCGAGCAGGGCCAGGGGUUCCUCGACUUGGAGGAUGAGCUGCUUGUUCGAGAGGCUGGUGGACGGAUCGGUGCACAUGGUGACAGUUUCCCAAUGACAGGAAGGACACCUCCGUCGAGAUCGGCGUCUUCGUCGUCUUGCUCUGCUGCUAUUGGAGGAGGGGCGGAUGCGAAGUGCCCGAAGCCUUCGUUCGAUUGCUGGGAUUGGGAGUGGGAUUGCGAACGAGAAUGGGACCCCGACGAAGACCUCGCCGUCGUCCCCCCACCAGCCCCAGCACUAGGACGCUUCAGUAGCGCCAACCCACCACUCCCCUGA